UAUGGGAAAACUUCACGGUACAUUAGCAAAGGCUGGUAAAGUCAGAAAACAAACACCUAAAAUUGAAAAGUAAGUUAGAAGACACAAAAUUCCAAAGGGAAGAGCUUAUAAAAGAAUUUGCUUUAACAGAAGGUUAUUGAUUUAUGAUGUAAUACAUUAGAUUUGGAACAGCUGUUGCUGGAACAGGUCCUUAAUAAAGGAAAAAAGGACCAAAUUGGCAUGCAGGCAGAAAGGAUUUAAUUGAAGAGGAAAGAAAGAAAUAAGUUGAAUAAAGAAGAUAAAGAAAGAAGGAUGUACCAAAAUGAUU